GUGAGUGUGUAUGUAAGCGUGUGUGGGUGCGCGAGUUUCAGCGUACAUCGUCUUCGCGUUGCGGUUGUAUUUGCGGCCAGUGACCUGUGUGCUGCGGCGACAUAUCAGCUGCUCUUUUCUUUUGUGUUGGUUGAUAUCUUUCAACGCGUACAGUUUCCUGUGGUGAAGAUCGCAGCCAUACAUAUCCAUUUUUGCUGUGAUGCGUUUGGCAUCUUUCUCUGGACGGUUGUUUUGGACUCCCACAUUAAUUUACCUGUGUCACUGACUUCGCAAUUCUUCUCCGUGGCUGCACAGGGCAUCAAAAGCUUUAUCGAGGGUCUGAUGCAUAAAGAGUUGUGUCAUCUCCCAAAGAACUAGUUUUUGUUUUUAUUGUUAUUAUCUCUGCGUUGUGCAGUGUAUUUCAGACAUCGCCAAUGAAAUUCCGUGUGCUCGGCGGCCCGUUGACGGGCGGCAUCAACUUAGAGGCGAAGCACUCCGACACCUUCAAGUCCAUCUUCGAAAAACUUGAAAAGGCAGCUGGCAAGAAGACGCCUCUUGACGGCUACGACCUCUUCACCGCGGCCAAAUCUGGCUCUGCAGGGCACUACCAACCCGCAGCGGGGCCACUGCACUCCACCGAGACCCCCGACUCCGUAGAGCUGGAUCGCACGCAAAACGACCCGCACAUUCUCUUGCUCGUGCGCCGCGAAGGACCCGACGCGGGUGGGAGCAUGACCCGCUCGCUCUCGGAGAGCAACAGCGCAGUCAACGGCGCCGGCGGUCUGGGUAGAGAGAAGGAAACGUCGCCCACCUCCAUGUCCCCGAUGGAUACUCCUCGUGCGAAGGAAAACUACCGGCGGCGCAUGCAGGCGAUGUUUCUCAAGUACGACCCCGCCAAGGUAAAAAAGGUAGAUGUCGCGUUGGAGCACUACGCGGGUUUCGAGGAGGACGUUAUCCAGCAGCUGGUGAAGAAGUACGGCCCCGAACCGGCUGCAGGCGAGUUAGACACGUCGCCCGCGGCCAUCGCAAGCGCCAGCAGGAAACCGGACAAUGGCGCGUCAUACCGCGACCGCCUCAUUGCGAUUUACUCUACCUACGAACCCGAGAAGCUCAGCAAGGUUGACGGCACCCUUAAGCGAUACGCCGGUCGGGAAGAGGAGGUGAUUCAGCAGCUGCUGAAGAAAUACGGACCAGAACCGCCCGUCCCCACUGCGACGUCGCCAGAACCGCGAGUGCCGGCCGCCACCGCCUCUACGGCGACUACCAUCAUCAUGAGUGAGGCACCACCGACACCGAUGACAGGCGGUGCUGCUACCACCACCGCGGCGGACUCACUGCCCGUCACGCCGCGCAACUUGCAGGAUGACUACGGCAGCAAUACUGCGUUGACUUCUGCGGCGCCAUCGGCUCCGGUUGGUACGGCGCCAGCUGCCUCUGAGGGCCCGCUGACCUAUCGAGAUCGUCUCACCGCCAUGUACGCCACUUACGACCCUAAGAAACUGCGCCUGGUGGACGGGACGCUCAAGAAGUACAAGGACCGUGAAGCGAUGGUGUUGAAGCAGUUGGUGAAGAUGUACGGUCCGGAGCCGUCGCCGGAGCACAUCGCGGCCGCCAAGGAAGCCGCAGCGUCCGCAGCGCGGGCACGAAAGGCCAGCGAUGAAGCCGCUGCCGCUGCUACUACUGCUGGGGACGCCGGUUCGUCGGCCGCGCCCCCAAUGGGAGGGGGCGAACACGCAGAGAAACGACUGGCAUCGGGGGCAGCCCCUGUGUCGGCUGUCGCGGAGGUGGCGGUGACCCCCUCCCCCAUCGAAGACGCCGCCACCGCUUCGUCGCCGCCGCUUGACCCAUCACCAGUGGCACCGAAAGGGAUCGAGACGGCAGCAAAUCCGAUUGCGUCCGAUCCUGAACUGAGGGCUGCGACGCCGGUAUUAGCAGAUGGGAGGGAAGAGGGAGGUCGUUAUCGCGAACGACUGCUAGCCUUGUACCACACCUAUAACCCCAGCAAACUCCACACCGUAGAGGGCACGCUGAAGAAGUUCGCAGGAAAGGAAGAGGUAGCGAUCCAGCAGCUGGUACGUCGCUACGGCCCGGAGCCGCCUGCACUGACCGAUGCGGAGGUGCAGGAGCUGCUCCAGACUGUCGGCAGCAGCUCCCCCAUGACCUCCCCACGCGCACCAAACGCCACCGCGAAGGCAAUCCCCGCAGUGGUGCCGGACAACGCCUCUUCCUCUUCCUCGCCAUACAACUCAAAGCCGGCCUCGCCUGUCGAGGACGACGAGGUCGAUAGGGAGGAGGAGGGCGAGGACCGGGCACGUUACAAAGGAAAAGGAGCGGAGGCAGCGGUCACGCCGGAGCAGCGCAACGGCGCUCACAAAAGCGAUGGAGCUGAAGUGACGCAGAGAACUGCACAGGCGAGUCCCGUCUCUCCGUUCGUGCUGAUGGAAAAUACGGCCGCUGCUGCUGUUAUUACUGCCCCUGAUCCUUCCCAGCGCCCGUCUACGCCGCCUCCGGCGCCAAUGGCUGUCGAAACGGCCGGUUUCUCCGCCGGCGUUGCUGCUCUCCCUUCUCCUACAGAGGCGAAGACAGACGUGUCCGACGAUGACGCCACGCGUCCGACGGCACCGCCGAGUCAGCGCAGCUCCUCGUACGACAGCAGCCGUAACGCACCGGCACCGCAGGCGGAAGAGGAAGAGGAACCUGAGCCGCUAAAGGAGGCGGCUGCACCGUUGCCGCCCCAUUCUACGACGACGGUAACGUCGAAAACAGCAAUCGGUCUCCCACCAGCUUCUCUUCGCCUUCAACCACACCCAGUGGAAAAGCCUGUGUAUCAACAACACCAGCCUUCCCUGCGCGCAAACAAAUUUGUCGCCGUUGCGAAGGUUGCUGCCGAUCACUUGGAGCUCUUCGCGCGGAAAGCGCUUCUGCAACGCUAUUGGUCGAGCUGGUGUCGACACCACGUAAAAGCGAAGGCAGACGUGUUGGUGCGAGACGAGCUCUGGGUAGCGACCACCACUACCACCUCUUCGUAUAAUACGAUGAAUGGGCGGGCGGUUGCAAGCCACAAACGCUACCAGCUAAACGAUACGGUUCAACCGUCGUACACGGUGGCAGACCUUUCAACGGUUGUCGCGCAAGAGGAGCGACGCACGACGGGCUCAUCUGCCGCGUUCUCGAGUGAGGUGCAGAUCGGCGCGCGCACGCUGCUGUCUGCGCUGCGUCACUGCGUCGAAUCGCGCGUGGUGGAGGUGCGCUCCGCCGAGGAGGAGGAACUCGCGAAUCGGUUCCUUUCCCACUGGAAAGGUGCAGACCACCUCUGCCCGGUGACGGACUCGCCGGAGUUUGCGCGGGCGCUGCAUCAAGCCGCGCACUUGAUCGUGCAGUUAGACGACCUCAUGACGGUGAUACGCACACAGGCCGGGCAGCUGCAGCAGCUGCGGAACCUGCACAAGGACGUGGUGAAGCGCAUGGAGGAGAUGGCGCAGGCGAGCGACGGCGAUGUGGAGCGUCUUCAAGCACAGCUCGACAGCGCCAACGCACGCCGCCAUGAACUCGAGGAGGAGUUGAAGCGCGCCGCCGCCCAUCCCCGGCCCUCCGCGCGAUCGCCGUCGGCGGCCGGACGAAAGGUGAAUGACACCAGGAAGGCCUCCCCACCCACGCGCCGCGUGUACCCGACGAUGGAGGAGCGCAAGGACGCGCAAAUCGCCAGGCUGCAGCAGGAGCUGGCCAAGACGCGGAAUACCCUCUUUGCCUCGAAGGAGGCGGAGGAGAAGAUGAAGUUGAAGGUGCAGCAGAGCCUCGCGCGCGAAGCACGCCGCGAGCGCGAAGAGCGUCGUCGCGAGGGCCCUCCCGGGCACCACACCCGCCCUGACUCGCUCUCUCCCCAAAGACGCAGCUACUCCGGUCCGGCCGGUCAGCGCGGACGCCACACCUCCGCAUUAUCUUCCCCACGACGCGGUUACUCCGCCUCGACAACGCCGCGCGGUGCCUUCUCGCACGCCAUCGUCCUCGACACUCCACGCAGGCCGUGUGAAGCGGAGGCUGAGGUGGAGCACAACGGGCGUGCGGUGUCCUCGAUCCGGAAGUCAGCCCGCGACGCGCAGGAACGCAGCAACGUGUCAGUGAACAGCAACACGCCGUGGCCGACCAGCCGCUUCGUUGUGACGGAGGAGAUCGAGCGCGGCCCUUGCCCAAAUUGCCUCACCCCGCUCACGUCCUGCAGCCCCGACGCGAAGGGGCCGGCGAACGCGAAGGCCGCUUUUUGUUUCAGCUGCCGCCGCUCUUUCACGUUUGGGGAGCUGCGUGCCCGCGACGCCAGUGACACGUUAGCGAACCUCUAG